AGAAAACCGUGCAAGAUAAGAAAGUAAACAUUUUAAAGCGAAAAAAAUUAGAAAUUUCAAAUUUUGAAGAAAGCUAAAAAUCAAAAUUUCAACAAUUAAUGUCAAUGUGUAAUAAUUGUGCGUGUGUUGUUGUUGUUGAACGUCUAUAAAGCAUGGCGCCGAAAUUUAUAAAAGAUAUAAGGAAAUAUUUUGGUGGUGGAACACAGGCUGCUGGAACAUCAGGUACCGGUGGUGGUGGCGGCGGCGGAGGUGGUGGAGGCGGCGGCACGCGUAACACAACUAGCUCUGGCAACAUGUAUGCCACCCGCCAAGCUGUAGGCGCCUCCACGGGGGUACUUAUGGUCGGACCAAAUUUUCGUGUUGGUAAAAAAAUUGGCUGUGGUAAUUUCGGAGAACUGCGUUUAGGACGACGGAUGUGCUUUUUUGGUGGCAACGGCAGCGGUGGCAGUGGCAAUGGUAGCGCCAGUUCGGUUGGUACUGAUGCAGGCAAAAAUCUGUACAACAAUGAACACGUAGCAAUAAAAAUGGAGCCUAUGAAGUCAAAAGCUCCGCAACUACAUUUAGAGUAUAGGUUUUAUAAACUAUUAGGAUCACAUGAUAAUUGUCCAGAGGGUAUACCGCGUGUGUAUUAUCUGGGCACAUGUGGUGGCCGUUAUAAUGCCAUGGUAUUAGAGUUAUUGGGACUGUCCUUAGAAGAUCUCUUCAAUAUUUGUUCCCGUAAAUUUUCUCUUAAGACUGUACUGAUGAUAUCUAAGCAACUUCUCCACCGGAUCGAAUAUGUUCAUAGUCGGCACUUAAUAUAUAGGGAUGUGAAACCGGAGAAUUUUCUCAUAGGCAGAACAUCAACGAGACGAGAAAAAAUUAUACACAUAAUUGAUUUCGGUUUGGCCAAAGAAUACAUUGAUUUAGAUACAAAUAGGCAUAUACCAUAUCGGGAGCAUAAAUCUCUCACCGGCACCGCACGUUAUAUGUCAAUAAAUACACAUAUGGGCAGAGAGCAAUCAAGGCGCGAUGAUUUAGAAGCAUUAGGACACAUGUUCAUGUAUUUCUUAAGAGGUUCACUGCCGUGGCAAGGCCUUAAGGCUGAUACACUUAAAGAACGAUAUCAAAAAAUUGGUGAUACAAAACGUGCAACACCUAUUGAGGUGCUUUGCGAUGGACACCCCGAAGAAUUUGCAACAUAUUUACGUUAUGUGCGGCGAUUAGAUUUUUUUGAAACGCCCGAUUAUGAGUUUCUGCGAAGACUGUUUCAAGACUUAUUCGAUCGUAAAGGCUAUGUGGAUGAUGGAGAAUUCGACUGGACAGGGAAGACAAUGUCAACGCCCGUCGGAUCUCUGCAAACUGGCCAUGAAGUCAUCAUUUCACCAAAUAAAGAUCGUCAUAAUGUAACGGCUAAGACAAAUGCCAAAGGAGGUGUUGCUGCGUGGCCGGAUGUGCCAAAACCGGGCGCCACUCUUGGCAAUCUAACACCGGCCGAUCGACAUGGUUCAGUGCAGCCGAAUGUCAAUCCUUGGUUGCCUCACAAAAAAUUGCAGGUUGUGAGUUCCACAAAUGGCGAAUUGAAUGCGGACGAUCCCACAGCUGGCCACUCAAAUACUCCUAUAACGCAACAGCCCGAAGUAGAGCUUGUCGAUGAAACGAAUUCAUUCCUGUGUUGUCUUUGCAGAUGUUGUUGUUUCUUUAAACGAAAGAAGAAGAAAUCAUCACGUCAAAAAUGACUAGACGGCGUCCAAUGUAGUCCAGAACGCGAAGCGGUAACACUGCUGCGCGCCACUUCACAUUCAAAUUCACGGGAUAGCGUAUUGAAUAAUCCAAGUCAGGAUUAUAUACAACAGGCAACGUCACAGCAUACGUUGCGUUAUCCUCCAUCCGCGUCGAUGUUGACGCCAACACCAACUACAAACACACCGACACUUCCGUUGUAAUUUAUAAAUAUAACAUACACGCAUACAUGCCCACAUACAUGCAUACAUACAUACAUGGAAACAUAACGUAACAUAACAUAACAUAACAUACAUGUACUACAUUUACCAUUUAUUUAGUUUAAAUGAUAUGAAAAUGAAAAAAAAACACAAAAAAUGUGCAAAAAAACAAUAUAAAAAUCUGCAGAAAAUUACAAAAAUAUAGUAAAACGAUUAUGAAAACUGGAUGCAAAAUCCACACAAAAAAAUAUGUAUGUACUUUCAAAACCACACAAAUUUCAUUUUGAAACAUUAAACGGAAAAGCAUCAAUUGGAAACGAAAUAUGUAGAAAACAACAACAAUAAAUUGGCAGUAGGUUGAAGAAAUGAGUUGAGUUAUUGAGUAACAGCUGUGCGGAUUGCCGCUAAAAAUGUUUGUCAAAAGCGCGUUUUUCAAAAAGUAUUUCAAAACGCAUUUAAAUUUCGUUUGUAAUGAAAUGAAAUGUGGCGGGAGUGGUAUUAAGGCUACUAGUACACUAUUUAUUUAGUUGUGUGCAUGCUUAAGCAAGCAGACAAGUGCAACAAUUAAACAUUGUUUCGGUAUUUUGUUGGUAAAAAGCGGCAUACUUUAGUUGUGGCAUACUUUUAGGCGCUCUAGCGGUUUUUAAGUUAAUUUGGUAUAAACGCUAGCUGAAAAAAUUUAAUUGAUAUGAGGAAACAACUAUAUUUCGCAAAAAAAAAAAAAAAAAUAAAUGAAAAAAUGUUUCGAAAUUUAAGCAGCAUAAUGCAUAAAUAAAUUAUGCUAAAAAUAAUUUGUAAAAUUUAAUUUUUUCUAAAUUAUAUGCAUUAAAAUAAGAAAUGAGCUGCACCUUAAAAGUGCGAUUUUGUUGCCAAAAAGAAAUAUGAAACAGUCAGCUAAUUUAGCUAGACUCAGCUUGUGGUGCAUUAACGACAACAGCUCUUCAUAAAAUAUACACCAUUAGCCACUUAAACGUUAUCUUGCGUUUUUCCUACCCGCCUAACAUUUCCCUUACGCACUGCUGCUCAAUUCUUCAGCUAAACCCUCCAUACACUCAACACCCAAACACCCACCUUCAAGACCCUCAAGCAUUCAACCUGCCAAACACCACAACCAAAUCACUCCAACAAUGUAUGCUAACAACUAAACAGCUGAUAUGUAUGAAUUAUGUUAGAAAGCGAAAAGUUUUUACUGAAAAUUGAAAAAUUUCCAAUAUUUUAAAAUGUGAGCGGCAGUUCAUUCACUACUCACAAUAGUAAAGCAAAGACUUUUUUUGGUUUCGCUAACGUCGGACAUUGUAUGCAUGAUUAGAAUAAAAAAAGAAAACUAUAACAAGCGAAAACUAUAACGCAAGAAGAAAGAUCAACAAAUUGUAUUUGCAGAUUUUUCUUUAAAUAUACAUACAUACAUAUAUAUUUUUGUGUUUAUUUAAUUUAAAGCAAGUGUUUCUUACCUAAAUACUAUUAAUAUUAAUUAAUUAAUGUUUAUAAUUAUAUUACUAUAAUUUAUAAUUAUAAUUGAUUAUAAUAAUUAUAUAUAUAUAUUUUUUUUUAAUUUUAAAUAAUAUUUACGUUAUUGUGUUAAUUUAUAAUUGUAUAAUUUAAAUUAUAUCACAAUGAAAGCAGUAAAUUUAAAAGAGAAACAGUAAUAAUUAAAAAUAUACACACAUCUAUACAUACACAACCAUAUACAUUAAAAAAAUAGAAAGAAAAAAUUUACAAAAAAAUGCGUCUAAUUUUGCUUUUGAUUUUCCGCAACAAGCUUAGAAGAAACAGCAGUCGAGUUACUGAUUUUGCUAAAGUUAUAUGCUGAAGAUUAAGUUUAAAAAAUAUUUUUUUAAACAAUACGCUUUCAUUAUUUUAUAGUUAUUACGCCGCUGGUUUGACUCCUGAAAAUAUGCUAUAUUUUUAGAAACUGCUGUACAACCACAUAAAUUUGCCACUCCCACUAUUUCCAAAACUUGUAUAGGUGCCUUUAAAAUGAAAUAUUAUUUUACAAAAACAAUAACAAGACUAUCAUGAGUAACGGCGAAACACUUACUAGCGUCCAAAGUAUUCACUGGCGCCAAAACCACAAAGAAUUUUAUUGAAACAAUCUCACUCACACAAAAUGGUUUAGAAGUGUAUUUUAUGCUGUUACAAAAACAAUUAUUUGGAAAAAUUAAAAAAAAAUUAGAUAUGUUAGUUUAACAGCAACAACAACGUUUAACAAGUGCUGUAAAACGUUUGCCAGAUUUUUGUGUUGAGUUUUAUGGUAAAAUUUCCUUUAGCGCUCUACUUCAUUGUGCUGCGAGUUGGCUUAUUGUUUAUAUUUUUUUGUUUUUUUUGUUUUACCUCGACUGUGUUAACAAUAAAUAAAUUUAAUUUUUUUGUUUCGAUUUUUUCCAAAAUACAAUUAAGGCUGUGCGAUUUAGCGUUUUAAAAAAUUGCUGGUAACCGAUUUUGUUUAUUUUUGCUGUACGUUGAGAAAAUUGUUGUUCAAACAACGAUUGUUUCUAACCUCAAUAUUUCAAAGAAAAACAAAUAUUAUGAAACUACAUGGAACAAUUUAGUAAAACUACUAAUUGGUUUAUCCGUUAUUAACUUUUUUUUUGCACUAAAAAUUAGAAAUAAAUAAAAAAAUAACAAAAUGUAUUUAUAAUUGUUUGCUUUCCUCAAAACUAAAAUAUUCAAAACAAAAAUAAAAUAAAAAAUAUAUUAAAUCAAUUUACUUGAGCAACUUCUGCAUUUUGUGGAAAUCGUUUAAAUAUGCUUUGUUUUAGUUUAGUAUUUUUUUAUUUGUUUAUAAGUGAAUGAAAAUUUAAAUAUAUAGAUUGUAUUUUUAGUAUUCAAAAAAAUAUUCGCUUAAAAUAUUUUUUGUAUUAAUAGUAAGCAACUAAUCACCAGAUAAAUGUUGAUUAUGCUAUAAAUAACGAUUUUUUUAAGUUAAAAAUAUUGUUUUACAAAUUGUAAAUUUAGACAAAAUUUUUGAAAAUUUAUUUUUUAUUUUAAAUACUUUUUAAUAAAAAUGCGCUUACAUAGAUAGCUUCUUAGUGAAAUUAAUUGUUUAUUAGAAAUGUGUGGAUUCGAACUUAACUAGACCAAAUAUUAAAACAAGAAAUUCAUAAAACGUUAAAUUAUUGCAACUAAAAUGACUUAAAAUGUAAAUUAGGCUAAGUUCUGCUACUCAUUACUCAUUUAAAAGCAUUUGUGAAAAGUCUAAAAUAUGUCUCAUAAGUGAAGCGAUAAAAGUGGAAAUGCAAAGAGAUGCCGAUAUUACAAAAAUGCUGGAAUUUUUGGUUGUUUUUUUUUUUUUUGAAAUGAGACAAUUAUAAUUAGCUUAUAAACGUAUUUUAUAAAUUAAUUUUUUUUAAUAGUAAAAUAAUUGGCUGCUAAUUAAAUAAGUUGUAAACAUAAAUUGUAUUAAUUAAUAAAUCAACAACAAAAUAUUUAAAAUGUAUUUUUUAUCAUUAAAUUUUAACAAAAUUUUUGUUUUUGUAGUUUGGCAGUUUUUUAAGGAAAUUCUAAAUAAUUUUUAACUUAAAAGAUUUUUUGUGUGUACGCCUGUGUGCGCAACAGUUUAAUUUAUAGCAUAAUUUAUAAACCAAUAAACUCAGUAAUUAGCAUUGAUUUCAUUAUAAAUUUAUCAAAUUGGAGUGCCUUACAAUUACUUCACUUAAAAAAGUAUUUUCUUAUUUCUUUCGAAUUUUUUUUGUUUAAUUAUAUUAAAAUUAUAUGCAAUUGUAUUAAAAAAACUUGUUUUAUUUUAAAACUAGCACCGAGUUGUGAAUUUGGGUGCAUAGUUAAAUAAUUUUUGGUAUUUUUUAUUUAUUUGAAAAUGUCUUUUAAAUUUAGUUAAAUAAUUUUUAAUUUAAAAAUUAAAAUUUAAUUAAAUUUAAUAAUAUCCAUUAAAGUUUUGUUAAAUAAUUUUUAAAAUUUUUUUAUUUGAAUGUGUAAUUUUAAUUUAAUUCAACGAUUUCCAAGAAGUUUCUCAACAAAGUGUUUUUAAAAACUUUAAUUUGUAUUUUUUGUUUUUUAUAUUUAAAAAUUAAAAUAGUUAUAGCAUUCAAAUUUUUGGAAACACUUUUCAUUUUUUAUUAAACAAUUUUUUUGGGUAAAAGUUAAAAUUAAUUUAUUAUUAUUUAUUUUUCUUCAUAAAUUCUGUUUAUAAAUAUAUUUUCCUUCUAUAAAUGUUUUCAUGAUUAUAAUUUUUUAUACAAUAAAAACAUAUUUUUAAUGAUUUCAUUUACUUAUUUUAUAUAAUUGUGUUUUUUAGUGUUAAUUCUGACAUAAUUUUCCUAAAUUUGCCUUUUUAUUUUGUUAAAUAAGGUAAAAAAAAUAAUUUUUUUAUAUUUUCUAAUUGCUACAUUGGUUUUAUUUUAUUUUUUUAUUAAUUAUUUAUUUUUAUUUAUUAUCCUAAUUGUAUCAACCGCUCUUAACGCCACCACCACUUAAACAAUUUUUAUAUAUCCAACACUGUUUAUAAAAAACACACAAAUUACAUGAAACAACUCAAUGACCAUAAAUACACAGCAAAAACAGACAACAAAAACACGUACAAGUUGGUGAAAUGGAAAAAUCGAGGAUAAGACGUAUGCAUAGUGAUGAGACAGAAAGAGAAUUUGAAUGAUGAAAUGGAGAAUAUAUACAAAAUUCAUAAAAAAAACCAAAAAAAAAACAGAAAUAAAAAAAUUUACAAAAAAAUAUAAAUAAAUGAAAAAAUAUACUUUAGAUCGGUUGGCUGAUGAACGUUAUAAAGAUAUCACUCAAAAAAUUUAGUAUUAAAAAAAUAAAACAAAAAGGCAUUGCAGUUUAGUUCAAAGAAUUCAAAUUAAAGAAACAAAAACAAAAAACCAGAUUCUAUAAAGUAAUUAAAACAUUUUUAAACUAAGGCAAAACAUACACACCGUUCUUUCUACGCUCUUCUUCACACACUCUUUUGUAUAGUUAAAUGAUAAAAAUACUCUAUAUACUAUAUGAUAUAAAAUAAAUAAAAACAAAAAUAAUUAAUAAAAAGAAAAAAAAAAUUAAAAAAAAAACAAUUAUGAUAAAAAUUACAAAACGCAAAAAAUCCUGUAAAAUACCAUUUAGUAGUAAUUUAAAGAAAAUACAAAAUACAAAAACAAAAAAAUGAUAAGCAAAUAAAGAAAUUAUGUUUACAUUAAAAUUAAAUUAAUUAACACAUAUGUAUAUGUAUAUAGUAUUAUAAAUAUAUAUACGUACAUACAUACAUCUGUAUAAAUGAAUACACAAACAUAAUUAAUCGAUAACGAUAGUCGAGUGGAGAAAUCUAAAAAAAAUCUAUCGAAAAAAUAAAAACGAAGUUAAAUAAUUAACUUCAGCGUAAUUUAAAAAUAAAAUAAAAUUUAAAUAUUAUACUUCAAUAAAGAAAGAGAAAGAUACAAAUACAAAAUCAUGUAUAAGCGAUACAUUUAAAUAUAAAUACAUAUAUACAUAGUAAUGAAGUAAAGUAAAUUAAAUAAAUAAAUAAAAAAUAUAUACAUACAUAUAUACAUAAAUAGACGCAUAUUUACAUUUAUAUGUAUCAAGUACAUGAAAUUCGUAAUUUUAUUUGCAUUGAGCCGAUCAUCGACUCAUAUGAUCUACAUGCUGGUGAUCGUGUGGUUCAUGAUGAAGUUUGUGAGUAUGGCGAUGCUAAAUAAAUUAAUUAAGUCGUUAGCUCUAAAUACAUAUUCACAUUCGUAAUUAUUAUGAUUAUAUAUUUGGAUCAUCAUAUGUACGUGUAUGUAUGUGUAUAUUGAUAUUGGUGUUAAAUUUAAAAGUAAAAUUAAAAAAAAAAACAAAAGAAUAUGAAGAACAAAAAUAAAUUCCACAUCAAUGUCUUACGAGUUUAGAAUUACAUAAAUGAAAACGUGAGCGAAUUAUAGCAUGAAAUGAGAAAAAAAACAAAAACAAAUAAAAAUAAUUCAAUAAAAAAGAUGCAUUCAAAGAUUUACUGAUAAAAUAUGAAACAAGAUAAAACCUAAAUGCAAUUACUUACUACACUGAAUGAAAUGGUAUUGAUUUCAAAGUGAGUGAAUAAAUGAGAAAAAAUAUAUAUAAAAUAACAUUUGAAAGUGCAUUUUUAUUUUGACGGAAAGCAUUGAAGGUUUUGAAACAAGAUAAUGCGAUUUAAAGGAAUGGUAUGGAAUUCUAAUCGGCGAACUGUUGUUACUCCGAAGCAUUUAUAUUGAGGUUGGAGACGCUUGUGCUCUUGAUUUCCCGACCUGUACUUACAUUAUAUUGAACAAAAGUAAAUUUUUCUUGUUUAAUAAUUUAUAUAAAUAAUUGAACACUACUACAUUUGUUUUAUAUUCGCUUAUGUACCUUUGGUCGUCCGAAUUGUUCCUUUUUGCCGGCUUCCGUCUGUUUGCAUUUUAUAUUUUUUACGAUAUAGAACAAAAAGAAAAAACUAAAAGCAUAAGAAAUUAAGGAAUUCUACUUAACAAUACUUGUAAUGCCAUUCAACUUUUUUUUUAACCGCUAAUAAUCUGAUUUGCUAUGUAGCCAUUGAGCCAUUCAUCUAUAAAGUAUAAACAAUUUUCCAUUACUUUGAAGGAUCCGUUGUUCUUGGUGGUUUGCUCCAAUUGCUUAUAUCUUUUUACAUUAAGUAUAAUGUUUAGAUAUUUUUAUUUUAUUAAAUUUGAUAAAAUAUUUAUGCUUCCAAUUCAAAAUAUUUAUUUUUUUCACUAUUUCCUUUUAUGCAUAUCCGAUUUCUCUCUGGAAGAGGGAUGCCACUCUUUAUGGAUUAACUUUAAUUAAGAAUGUCAGAUUUGUAGAAGUAAAUGGCAAUCUGAUUUAAACAUUCGAAAAGGCAACAAGAACUUAUAUUUAACAGCUUGUAACCUAUCUAAAUAUUGACCGUGCACGUACAAUUCUCUAAGCGUUUCGAUUAUUAAAAAGAUGUGUCAUCUAUUAUUAGAGUAAUUAAUUCAAUUUUUUGAGAAUAAACAUCUGGUAACACUAAGAACAAAAAUUAGGUUUUCUGUUGGCAACGCGGAAUUUUUGACGUUAUUCUUUUAACAAUAUUCGUAAAUAUUUACAACAGGACGUGUCUAUAUGGUUGUGCCUUAUGUGGCAAUGGUUUUAACAAAGUUUUGAUAUCGAGACACAAAGGACACCAUUGUCCACCAACAGUGGUAAUAAUCCAUAAGUUGUAAUAAAAACGAUACUGUAUACACCUACAGGUGCACAUAUAGAAAACUUUCCAUUUCACAUUGUGCUGCAGAGUGUCAUUGUCUGUUUUGACGUGUUGACAAGUGCUUGUUAUCAAAAUUUUUUGUAA